AGAACAAGAGAGAAGGCCCAAACAGGAACACUGAAGAGCAUUAACCCGACCACAGACAUCGGAUGGCAGUUAUUUUCUCUGGGAACAGUGUUAAAAAUAUUGAAAAAGAAAAAACAGUCCAAACAAAAUGCAGAGACAGCCUCAGCUAUUGCUACAAGGACCCACACUGGAAAAGAGGAUACGAAAGCAGUCAUUUUAGAACAAGACAAGUGCAACAUUGCUGUGGAAGAGGAAUAUGUCACUGAUGAGAAAAAAAAGAGAAAAAGUAAUCAGCUAAAGGAGAUCAGGCGUACAGAACUAAAGAGAUAUUAUAGUACUGAUGACAAUCAAAACAAAACACAUGAUAAAAAAGAGAAGAAGAUGGUGGUUCAGAAGCCCCAUGGGACUAUGGAAUACACUGCUGGAAGCCAGGACACCCUAAACUCCAUAGCCCUGAAGUUUAACGUCACUCCCAAUAAAUUAGUGGAACUGAAUAAACUUUUCACACAUUCUAUUGUUCCAGGCCAGGUCCUUUUUGUGCCAGAUGCCAACUUUCCUUCCAGUACCUUACGAUUAUCAUCGUCCAGUCCUGGUGCUACCGUGUCUCCCUCAUCAUCAGAUGCAGAAUAUGAUAAACUGCCUGAUGCUGACUUAGCAAGAAAGGCCUUAAAACCCAUUGAAAGAGUCUUAUCAUCCACUUCUGAAGAAGAUGAGCCAGGCGUGGUAAAAUUUCUAAAAAUGAAUUGUCGAUACUUCACCGAUGGAAAGGGUGUGGUCGGAGGCGUCAUGAUUGUUACUCCAAACAACAUCAUGUUUGACCCUCACAAGUCUGAUCCCCUGGUCAUUGAAAAUGGUUGUGAGGAGUACGGCCUCAUCUGUCCCAUGGAAGAAGUGGUUUCCAUUGCCCUCUACAACGACAUUUCCCACAUGAAGAUCAAAGAUGCCUUGCCAUCUGACCUACCUCAGGAUCUUUGUCCUCUGUACAGGCCUGGAGAAUGGGAAGACCUGGCUUCAGAAAAAGAUAUCAACCCAUUCAGUAAGUUCAAAUCUCUCAACAAGGAAAAACGGCAGCAGAAUGGAGAGAGAACCAUUAUAUCAGAUUCCAAAUCAACAAGACCUUUGGAGAAGUCAACAGAGUACACACACAUGAAACCCUCAGAUAGCUCUGUGUCAGGAAAACUAAAGACACUGGAAUCUUCCACAGAAGCAACCAGUGUAUCUACCACAGUGACUAAGGUCAGCAAGGAGCCUUCUGACACUCCUGCUGCAUUUGAAUCUAUAGCCAAAGAAAAUUCCCUUUUAGGGGAAGAUGAUGACUUUGUUGACUUGGAAGAACUUUCUUCUCAAACUGAGAGUGGAAUGGACAAAAGAGACACCUCAAAGGAGUGCCUUUCUCUUGAUCCAGAAGAGCUAAGGAAGGCUAAGUCACAAAUAACCAGUUCUACUACGAAAAUGCAGGUGCAGUCUGCCCUGAGCUUUUCUGGAACAGACAGUGACACUGAGCUGAAGGGGACCCUAGAUUUAGAAACCUGUGAGAAGCAGGAUAUAAUGCCAGAGGUGGACAAGCAGUCUGGUUCCCCAGAAAGCCAGGUAGAAAACACACUGAACAUACAUGAAGAUCUAGAUAAAGUUAAACUCAUUGAGUAUUACCUUAAUAAGAACAAAGAAGGGUCCCAGUUCUCUGAAAACUUGCAGAAGGCAGAAUUAAGUGAUGGCAAAAGUAGUGAGCCAGAGGGAAUAGAUAUCACCCUUAGUAGUUCUCUUGCCCAGGUAAGUGGUCCCCCAACUGAGGGCAGUAAGGAGCCAGAUAAAACCUGGGGGAAAGAGAGAGCGUCCCUCCCCCUGCAACUGGCCUCUUCCACAGAAGAAAAUAUGAAUAAAGAGUCUCUAGACACCUCUUCAGAGUUGACUCUGGACAACAGCUGCCAGGGCGCACAAAUGGAUAAUAAGUCCGAAAUUCAGUUGUGGCUGUUAAAGAGAAUUCAGGUACCCAUUGAAGAUAUACUUCCUUCAAAAGAAGAGAAAAGCAAGACCCCACCCAUGUUUCUGUGCAUUAAAGUAGGAAAACCAAUGAGAAAGUCCUUUGCCACUCACACGGCAGCCAUGGUCCAGCAGUACGGCAAACGAAGAAAGCAGCCGGAGUACUGGUUCGCUGUUCCUCGGGAGAGGGUGGAUCACUUGUACACGUUCUUUGUUCAGUGGUCUCCUGACGUCUAUGGGAAAGAUGCCAAAGAGCAAGGCUUUGUGGUGGUGGAAAAGGAGGAACUGAACAUGAUUGACAACUUCUUCAGUGAGCCAACCACCAAGAGCUGGGAGAUCAUCACUGUUGAGGAGGCGAAGCGCAGGAAGAGCACGUGCAGUUACUACGAAGACGAUGAGGAGGUGGCCCUGCCAACCCUGCAGCCGCAGAGUGCGCUCCUGGAGAACAUGCACAUAGAGCAGCUGGCCCGACGCCUUCCAGCAAGGGUACAGGGGUAUCCAUGGAGACUUGCAUAUAGCACAUUAGAGCAUGGGACCAGUUUGAAAACUCUCUAUCGGAAGUCAGCGUCGCUAGACAGUCCUGUCCUGUUGGUCAUCAAAGAUAUGGAUAAUCAGAUUUUUGGAGCAUAUGCAACUCAUCCUUUCAAGUUCAGUGACCACUAUUACGGCACAGGUGAAACAUUCCUGUAUACGUUUAGCCCCAAUUUCAAGGUCUUUAAGUGGAGUGGAGAAAACUCAUACUUUAUCAAUGGAGACAUAAGUUCUUUGGAACUUGGUGGUGGAGGGGGACGAUUUGGUUUAUGGCUAGAUGCCGAUUUAUACCAUGGACGAAGCAACUCCUGCAGCACUUUCAAUAAUGAUAUUCUUUCCAAAAAGGAAGACUUCAUAGUUCAAGACCUCGAGGUGUGGACAUUCGAGUGAAAUUCAGACUGCCUUAAAAUGCCACAUUAAAAAGAUCGGGUUCCAUCAGCCCUCCUAAAGCUGGCUGGAAGACCUGGAGCCCCGGCCCAGACUGCCUCUUCCCACCAUUAUGCUUUCUUUCUGCCAUCAUCUCAGAGCAUGGGCACGUCGCAGAGAGUUUCUGAAAGGUCCACAUGGAGGGCAGACAACGAGGAAAGAAACUUAAAGUCUGGAUUGUUGAAAGACUAUGCUCCCACUUCCUUCAGAUCCAUGCAGUGAGGAAUCAAAAUAUUUAUAGAUGUAUGAGUUGAAUGCAAUUUUUAUUUUUGGUAACUGAAAAACAAGAUACUGUGGAAAUAUAUACAUGCCUUGUGUAUUUAUCAACAUAAUUUUCAUUACCAAAAUGUACAGCAUACUAUUGUUUGCCAUGGAAAAGCUUAGUUUCACUUAGAAAAAUUGGAAGUCCUCAGCACUUAAAGGGAAUAUAUGAUUUUUUAAUUGUCUUAUUUAUUAUUUCUAGUAUAUUGUCUAAAAUGUGUUGGAAGUUUUUCUUUUAAUGUGUCAAAUCUUGAAAUAAAGAAAUGUAUACGUUUUGUGCUAUGUUUUGGCAACAAACCCAUUUGAUUUAUAUAGUUUUAUAUUGAAUUUUCUUUUGCCCUGAUUGUUUAGGGUGAUAGGUCUUAAGCAGUAUAUAUACAUAUAUAUGUAUAUAUGUAUGUAUGUAUGUGUGUGUGUAUAUAUAUAUGUAAAAUGCGUAGUUCUUAAUUUUUAAAAACUCAUUACCAAUGUGCAUUGAUUUGACUAUUAUAGGCCAUCUUUCCAUUAAAAAGGUACAUUUUUACUUACUCUAAACACAAUUGUAAAGUAGAAGCCAUUUCUCACAGUUGUAAAUUGAUAUUUACAGAAAUGGAUACCUUUCUGAAUCUAGACUUAGAACAAACCCUGCUUUGAACAGAAAGUGUUUUUGCUUCUUAUAAGAUCAUGUGUGUUAAUAACAAAAACUUUAUUUUCAUAGUGUUUUGUGUAUAAUUUCCCCCCAAGUUCUUAAAUUAAUGAACAGGCCUCUGUUUUCAAAGAGACUGAAUGUUUUCACUUCUGUAUAUUUUAUACCAAAUGAAAAAUGUCCAAUUAGCCCAAUUGUCUUGGUUUCUAGACUCUUUUAUUUGAGAAAAAGCAAUGCAAAGAAAUGCAUUCAUACCAAAAUUUGAAUAAAAAGUAAAAACUAUUUCUAACAUCAACCCAUUUUCACAUCUCAUAAAAUACUCUGUUAAAAAUGCUAAUAAAGCCUUGUUAAAAACUAAACAAUAUUACUGAUUGCCAAACUUUUAUGAAAGCCAAAGACUGCUAAUGGAAAAAGUUUUUAAUAAUAGCCAAAGCUGAGAAGUGGUCUGUCAUAAAUUAUACCCCCUGUGAUCUUUGAAAGGGAAAAUAAAUAACAAGUAGUAUUUAUAUACUUGCAUUUAAAAAAUGAAACCCUCUUUAGAAUGUUAGCCUUAAGCUGGCAGAAUAUUUCUUUUAGAUUAUUCUCUUACUAGAAUAUUUACAAAAGGAACAAAUUGCCAUGUGGCCUCCUGUCAGAUCAAUUAUUUUACCCUACUCACAUUCCAUGCAAGUUGAAAUGAAUUCUAUUAAAUAUGUAGCCUGGUGUGCUUUCAACCAAGUUCUCUUAUUGAGAACUCUUGAUAAACAACAUACUGAUAGUUUAACCUUAAUCUGCUCAUUAAAUGAUGUGUUGGUGUGAGAUACCAGGAAUAUCUCAUGAUGAUCAAGUUUACCAUUUAUGCCAUUUGCAACCAUAUGCUAUUAACAAACAAGAUGGUCAUUUUGCAUAUAGUUCACUCCUACCUAGUUUAGUCCAUGAUAUUAUACUUGUGAGAGCAUAUCCAGAUGCUGUGUUCUCUAUUUAAAACAGUAUUGUCCAAUCAGAAGUGUGUGGCCCUUCAUUUAUGGAUAUUGAGUAUAUGUAAUGCAGUGCUAGCCCAAUAUUUUCAAUAAAGGAAUUUAUGCAUCCAG